AGACCACCUUUUAAAUUUUAGAAAACGAUAUCAGAGAGUUUCGAGAAGGCUUCAGGUACCACGAACCGGAGUCGUUUGCUGUGAGGUAUGUGUACUUCCGUCCUGACACCGGUUACAUGGCCUCGUUCAGCUGCUCUUUAGACGGGGGCAAACUGGCAGUGUUAGACACCUUACAGAAAUGGAAGAUCAUACAGAUGGACAUUAAAGGAAACAAAGAACUCAGUGACUUGAAAGAAGGAUUUCAUGUCGGAGCAAAAUACAUACCUCAGAAAGAGGGAUUUUACUGGUUAAACAAUAAACCUGUACAUCGCGACAUGUUGUCGGAGCGGGCCCCUAAUUCCAACGGCAAGUGUGCCAUCCUCGGCCCUGAAGAAGAUGGAUUUCUGAUAGCACAGUACGACUGUAUGAAAAAACUGCCUUAUAUAGGUUCCAUCGAUACAAAACCGGCUGAUCUUGUCGUUUAACCAGGGUGGUUGGAGUCGACGUUGUAGAUGGAACCCUACCCUUUUUCCCCGAGAGCAUUUAAAGCUGCAAUUUCGACAAUUUGAAAUAUAUUUUUAUUAUUUAACUAUUUAAAAUCUGGGUCAUACCUAGCCUGUAAUAAGUGGGAUGGCAGUACAAAAAGAACAAGGGUACUGUAAUAGACGAUGCCAUCAAGGAAAGACAUUUUAAAACUUAAAAAUGAUAUUUUAAAAUAUUUUUAUUACACCCUUGCAUCCACACUAGGUACCCACAAAUAAAAAUACUCAAACCAACACACCACGAACAACAAUAGCAACAAAAAACAACAAACAAAACCAAAAAAAACCCUACCGAGAACAAACAAAACAAACAAACAAAUAAACUAACAAAAAAGAAAGAAAGAAAAGAAAAAGGCGACAUGUUUUUUGAUGAAAUGUUUUAAAGUUGUAAUCGAGUUUGUAUUUUACGUUAAUAAAAGUUAACGAUGUUAUAAUAUGCUUAGAAGAGAUUGCAGCUUUAAAAAUAACGCCUCUUCGUUAUGUAGUAUAAUAAUAAUAAUAAUGCGUAUACCACGACUGUUUGUAUCGGUGCAAUUUGUACCUUUAAAUAAUUAUUAUAACAUUUCUACGUGUUGGUCUUUUAAAGCCUCUUUCACUAUUUCUCAACCUGUAAUGUAUUACACGUUAAUUAUUUUGAACAUAUUUAUAAAACUCAUGUAGACCUGUUUGUCAUGUUUAUUAUUGCUCUAUGUAUGUAGUGAUAUAUAAUCCGAAACUUAGAGCAUGCAUAUUUUUAUUUUGCAAUGAACGGUUUUGGUUUCUAAUAAUAGCAAUUAAAGGUGAAAUACCAUA